ACCUAACCUUUGAAAUUUUGAAGUCAAAGUCAAUAUCGAAGUCAUACUUGAAAAUGAAUUAAUGAAGUGUUUGAGUGAAGUAAUUCGUAACAAGAUGAUAUCAUACCCCAACAAAAAAUGAUAAGUUUAAUAUUUUAAUCAAAAUAAUAAUAUGAAAUAAUGGCCGACCGUAUCCGGCAAAUCGCCCAACGUUUAAGGGAUAAAGUCCAUUUGCCUCAAAUAAAUGUUAACAGCAGGGAAAAAGUAGACCAACUAAUAACUAAAUACACUCCCGGUGCUAAAGUCACAGAAAUUGCAGAAAAGUUCAAGCAUGAAGCUAUCACAAAAAGGGUUCAAGAGCUGGUGUCUAAGUAUGAAAAAUUCACGGGAGUUGAAGAGAUAAUGGCAUUACAAAACACGGUAGUUGAGGCGCAGGAACGCUUCAUGACGGCACAAGAACGGAGACGGGAACUUGGCCGUGAGGUAGCAAAUAUUGAGGCUCGGCUUAAGGAGCUUCAUGCUGAAAUGCAGAACACUAUGAAAGGUGAUGAUAAGUACUUACACCUGUGCACUGAGGAACAUAAGCUCAUUAUCCAAGAGAGAGCACUUCGUUCACAAUUUUCCGAUGCGGAACGUGAAGAGCGCGAACUAUUCGCCACAAUGUCCGCCGCUGUCAAACUAGGCCACGAGAGGGAGAGGGCGCAUGCUGAAAGGAACAAAUAUUGGUACAUAGUCGCAUCUAUAUUCGGUACAGUGUUGGGUAUAGCAGGUUCGACAAUCAACAACCACCUCAAAAUGGCCGAGUUCCGUGACAUGAUGGAGCAGCAGAUGGCUCGUAGUGCUAGUGUACUCUAUACAAUUGCCGGUGGCAGCGGCGGUACAGCCAGCAAAGCUGACAUAGCUGAAGCUAUGAAGACAGAGUUUGCUUAUCAGGAUCAACUGGCAGAAAAUCUUAAGCUAAUGCAGGAAAAUAUAGACAAUCUAGUCAACAAGCAGUCUUCACUAAUUGAACACUUGCACCGCCAAGAGCACAUUAUAGAAACCCAAAUGCGUGAUAUAAAACGACUAAUCGUCACUGCAUCCCAAUCUAGUGCUAAAUCUGAUGCAGAACUCGCUAAAGCGUUAUCAGUGGUCCACCAAGACUUCGAUGAAUCAGAGAGAGACAAAGAUGAGUCCAAGAACAAAGUAGCAUUUGACCCUAAUCAAAUUUUAACGGGAGUGGGAAUUAUAAUUUGCGCUGCCAUUAUAUUUGGCAAUUUUAUCGGCAGAAUUAGUUGAUUUCUAAAAUUCCAUUGUGUUCCUGGGUUUUUUUUAUGGCAACUCUUAAUUAAUUUCCUACCUAUACCUAAUCAAUUGCAGAUUUUUUACUGCUGAACUGAAUAGUUAGGAAUCCAGUUAAUAUUUAUUUAAAAAAAAAUAAAACUGUCCAUAUAAAAGUAGUCAUUUUAAGAAUUUUUAUACUUACUAAUUUUCCUCUACUUGCCACAAACUAUUAAGUUAAUUUUAUGUUUUAAACAUUGUGUAAAAAUAACCCAAGGCACUUUAUAAAUGUGAUUAUGUAGAUAAUGUAUUUGUUAAGAUUCAAAAUGUCAACACUAAUAGUAACUUAUUUUGUACUUUGUUAAAUCUUCUUUCUUAUUUAUGUGUUUAUAACUUUACUAUGUAAUAACAUGUAAAAGACAACAAAGGUAUAAUAAUCGAUACUUUUAAUAUAGACUGAAUCAGGGUAAAAAACACAUUUGAUUAUUAAUUUUGGAUAUUACAUUUUUUGCCAAAUUUCGCUGAUAUUUUACAAGCUACUGAUGAACAGAUCAAAAUAUUUCAUUGUCAUAUUUUAAAUAACAUUUGCUUCUAAAUAAUAAUUUUUAAAAUAUAUAAAGCUAUAAAUUAAUAAUGCCUACCUACCUACUGCUAUAAAUAAUAAAUAUUUAUGUUAGUGAACACAUGCUAAACAUAUUUAAGCUUUCAUGUUGGAGCUUAAUGUAUAUAAUCGGAUAUAAAUAAUAACAGAAAUAUUUUUUCUAUGAUAUACCUAUCUACAGAAUUAUUAUAUGUUAUAAACUUAUGUUUAAUUAUUUUUUGUUUGUGAAUUUCCUUCUAUGUAUAUACUAUAAUUAAGUUGCACAGAACGCCUGAUUGAACCCACUAUUAUUAUAAUAACAUUAGAGAUUACAAUGGUUAACAAAAAAUAAAUAUAAAUGUUUCUUA